CCGCCCUGGGCAAGGGGACAGACACAUAAUCCUGUGGUCACCACAACCAUGUGCGGUCCGCGGACCUUGCCGCUGCCCUCUGUCGGCCGGCGCGGGCACCCGACACCGGGCGCGGUUCCCGGGUCUUGCUAAGUUGAUGAGGUUGGCCACAAACUUCCAAUCCUUGUGCCUCAACCUCCUGAGUUAAACAGCAUGAAUGCUGUGAGUCACACCUACUUGUGGCUGUCUCUCUCCCCAGAGGACUGAAAUGUUGACUUAAUUCACCCUGUCUGGAUCCUUGGCAACUAAUCCACAAGAGCAGUCACUGGAUAUUAGCUGGCAGAACUACUAUAUCGCUCAGCUCAUAAUCCAUGCAUCUAGUAUAUCAUUCAUCAGUAUCUUUAAAGACACUGGGGAAUACAGAAACUGGGAAGACAUGAUCUCUGCCCUCAGAGAGCUCAGUUGGGAGCAGAGACAGGACAAGGAGUAUGUGGGUUUUGCUGCGCUCCCCAACCAGCUGCACCGCAAGUCCGUCAAGAAGGGGUUUGACUUCACACUCAUGGUGGCAGGGGAGUCAGGUCUGGGGAAAUCCACCCUUAUCAACAGCCUGUUCCUCACCAACCUCUAUGAGGAUCGGCAAGUGCCAGAGGCUAGCGCUCGCUUGACACAAACAUUGACCAUUGAGCGCAGGGGUGUGGAGAUUGAAGAAGGGGGUGUCAAGGUGAAGCUGACCUUGGUGGACACACCUGGCUUUGGGGAUUCUGUGGACUGCUCAGACUGCUGGCUGCCUGUGGUGCGCUUCAUUGAGGAGCAAUUUGAGCAGUAUCUCAGGGACGAGAGUGGUUUGAACCGGAAGAACAUCCAGGAUUCCCGGGUCCACUGCUGUCUCUACUUCAUCUCACCCUUCGGCCGGGGGCUCCGGCCCCUAGAUGUGGCCUUCCUUCGGGCUGUGCACGAGAAAGUCAACAUCAUUCCAGUCAUCGGCAAAGCAGAUGCCCUGAUGCCCAAGGAAACCCAGGCCCUCAAGCAGAAGAUACGGGACCAAUUGAAGGAGGAGGAGAUCAAUAUUUACCAGUUCCCAGAAUGUGACUCUGAUGAGGAUGAAGACUUCAAGAGACAGGAUGCUGAGAUGAAGGGAAGCAUCCCUUUCGCAGUCGUCGGUUCAUGCGAGGUGGUGAGAGACGGUGGGACGCGACCAGUGAGGGGACGCCGCUACUCCUGGGGGACCGUGGAGGUGGAGAACCCACAGCACUGCGACUUCUUGAACCUGAGACGGAUGUUGGUGCAGACACACCUGCAGGACUUGAAAGAGGUGACACACGAUCUGCUCUACGAGGGCUACCGGGCCCGCUGCCUACAGAGCCUAGCCCGGCCUGGGGCUCGUGAUCGAACCAGCCGCAGUAAACUUUCCCGCCAGAGCGCCACAGAGAUCCCGCUGCCCAUGCUGCCUCUGGCCGAGACGGAGAAGUUGAUCCGCGAGAAGGACGAAGAGCUGCGCCGCAUGCAAGAGAUGCUGGAGAAGAUGCAGGCCCAGAUGCAGCAGAGCCAGGCUCAGGGCGAGCAGUCGGACGCUCUCUGAGGCCUCCGCCCGGCCCGGCCUGACCUUACUUCGGCUCCGCCUUCUGUCCGUUUCUUGUCCAAUCCCGGGGCCCUAGACUGCCCAGCCUCUAAUUCCGGAGCCUCCGAGUGGCCCACACCCACUCUUGCACUUGCUUUGUGUAGGUUCUCGCGGCUAAAGGUUCAGCCCGUCCCGGAGUUUGUAGCUCCGCCCCCCACUUCGCCCUGGGCUCACUUCCAGGAGGGGCCUCCAGCCCAGCUCUUGCCAGCCUCUCCCCAUCUUGGGGUGUCGUCCCCCUUCAAACUAUGUCUCCAAUAAAAACUUAGCUUCCCGGGCGCCA